AUACACUAUGCCGACAUUGGCGUGUACGGCAAUUAUCAGCGCGUCUUUUAUUGAGAGCGACGGUGAGCCAAUUACUAACGCGCAACCCAUUUCGAAGUUGUCGGUAUCGUCGCAUCGUAUAGGUGCCUCGCUGAUAAGCACGUUGCGAUUAUCAUGCUUACACGUGUGUAACGACAAACAGUCGUACCGUGCGUCAAGCGCGCUUCGUCGGCAACUGGUGGCAAGUCGUGCUCUCAAGUCCGGCCAACUGCGCUUUCUUUCCCUCUCUAUUCGCAGCGGUAAACUAUUCGUACAAGGAUGUGUUCCGAUAAACACUGAGACACUGUGUAUAUACGAUGAUGUAACCGCAUGUGCGAUAUACUCUGGUCCUCAUUGUGGAAAUAUCGCGCGACGCAGUGCGAAAUUUGCGCUACCUGGGAGAAAUAUUUCUCACCGACUGAAUAAUGAUGUUCACGUAGAGAAGGUCUGGAGAAUGAAGGGCAAAAAAUCGCUAUCUUAAAUUGGAAACCUUUCAGAGGUAAGUGCCUUAGGAGAUUUCCGCUUUCCUCCGUCUGCUGACACCGGACGCUUUAUGGGAAAUUUAAGACAAUUAGUCAUUUCAGCAUGUUGGCUGAUAAGAAAUCUGAUAUCAUUGACAUUUUUAAACGUUUCUCGAAACACUCCAAGAGUCAGAUUAAAUAAAUCCCUAUUUUGAAAAUUUUUCUUCGCUGUUCAACAAUAAAUGUCUUUCGUCUUCAAUUUAUUGUAAAUUUUUCUUCAUUUUCCGUUAUUAUU